UGUCUCUGUGUGCGAGCAUGUAGUAUUUCAGUGUCGCUUUCCAGAAACACACACACACACACACACACUAAACAGAAACUUCUCUCAUUCAUUCACACACACUCAUAGUAAACUCGACGAUUCGCUGAAUGGAGACGGUGAGGCACUGCAUGCCUGAAUGAAGUCUGGCUGUUACCUGUGACUUGCUGUGCAUGAGUUACAGACGCUGCUGAUCCACCAACCGCUCCUCAGAUCUCCAUCAGACCCGAACCCAACAGGAUGGCGCAGGCCGUGGCGAAAGUGGCCCGCAGGAUCAACGACACCAUGGAGGAGGGUAGAGACUCGCUGGAUCUGUCCGACUGCGGCCUCAUCAGCUUUCCUGACGGAGUCUUCAAGAUGAUCCGCAGCUGCUCUGAAAACAUCCACAAAAUCUCUCUGGCCGACAACCAGAUUAAAGCUCUGAGCAACAAGUUCUUCCUCACCUUCACACAGCUGAGAGAGCUGGAUCUGCAGGGAAACGUCCUCACGACGCUGCCGGAUGCAAUUGGAGAAGCGCAGCAUCUGCAGAUCAUCAACAUCUCCAGAAAUAAUCUGAGUGUGUUCCCGGAGCGACUGACGGAUGUGAAGAGUCUGAAGCAGAUCAGCGUGGAGGAAAACCAGAUCACAGAGUUGCCAAUGCAGAAGCUGUCCCUGAUGCCGGCGCUGGAGCGUGUGAACGUGCGCGGAAACUCGCUGACGCCUGAGAACACAUCCCUGCCUCAUCAAUACACACUCCUGACUUAAACAUGCGGGUCGUGUGUAUGCGUGCGUGUGUGUGUGUAUCACUGAUGCUGCUUUCUGGAGCGCAUGCUGAGCCCAGCAGAUUUACAAUAAAAUGUGUAAUAAACAUGCAAAUGA